AUGUCUUUCCAAUCGGUAUCACGUCUAGGUCUCCCCGCCCUCGUGUUCACGGCUGCGGCCCAGGGAAUCGCCAUACCUUCUCCGCCUACUUGGCCAUCUGGGCAGUGCACCGACAAGUCGCUCACGAUACCCAGCUGGGUUAUCGCGGACUACAAAGUUUCCGCAUCGGGCACGGUGACUUUUGGGAUUACCAAUCGAGCAGCCGACUCCCAUGGAACCGUGACCUGCGCCAAGUCCCAGCCAUGUACCGUCGCCGGCAACUCUCAACUUGCUGCCGCCGUGUCGGAAGGCUCUUCCGGCCCAGUGGUGACAAUUGAAGAGUCCUGGACCUGUAAUGAUCGUGAAAAAGCUCUCACAUUCAACGCGACCGGCAGUGCAACAGUAUUCUCCCUAGAAAAGUCAUCCUCUGGCGACGCAUCCUCGCCCAUCACCUACCUCACCUACGCAACACUAAGCGAACCAGUACCGUUGACCCCAGUGCAACCAAGCCCUCCGCCCGGAUAUAGUCUGCCUACGUGCGCCGACGUGUCCAAGUCUCCGGCACUGUUCACCGUCACUGAUAUCUCCUUCAAGAACGUGACCAGGACUCAAUGUAAGACUUGGUAUGGUACUAUCUUCUGUCUGGAUCCGCGCCCUCCCACCGAAGUAGUUUACGCGGGUUUGUACCUCAACCUUACAGUCCGCAACGAGGCAAUCCAGCACACUCUCUCUUGCGACCUCACGAUGCCCAACGCCACCGCACCUGACGUGGUCACUCCCGUCCGGUGCACUGGUGGCAACUUCAACGAGAUUGCUCUCGACAUAUCCAUGGCGGGAACGCAGCCAGAGAUUACCAUCGCUGUGGAUGAGAUGUGGUAUUGCCUGGAGAAUCCAAACCAGAACACCAAGCCCACGGCGAUCUUGGCAACGGGUGCCGCCCCGAUCACGCUAUCGUGCAUCUCGAAGCCUGGCAUUUUCGGCACGCCGGACGACGUCAUCACGACAUGCUCACAGCAAUCCGGUGGGCCCCUGGGCAUCAAGGGCAAGCUCAAGGAGAAGAAAGAGCAGCCAGCGUACUCCCUCGUCACAGCGCCGCCGACAUCGGGAGGCUGUCUAGUCACGAGCCUGGUGAAGCCGGAGUGGAAGAUCACCAACCCCAGUUUCUCGACUAACUUUGCAAAGUCGACCACCAACCAGAGCCUGUGGGAGCUCGGGGUCAAGCUCGGAACUCCCCGCUUCGAGCAUUGGUUCUACGUGUUUGCCGGAGAGAACAAGUACCCCGGUACAGACGAUCCUGACACUUGGUAUCGAUGUGAGUGGUCCAUUCCUGGCGGUUGGCUACCUUGGGACUGCAAGGUUCAGUACAACUACCAUACGACUACCUUGGGACUCGAUGUCAUCUGGGGGUGUGAAGAGAAAGAUCCAGCGCAUCCUCUGUUCUUCCACUCUACUGGCUCCAUUGUGAUGCCCCACGAUCAGAGUUGGUAUUGCGGAAAUUCCAACCCCAAUAGAACCACCUGCGCCUACCAAGGGUUAUGGGAGAAGACCUUCCCAGUCCCACACAUCACGGUCGGAUUGACCAAUGUCGAGCCGCCAAAGCCAUGGUGA